GCAUCAUCAUCAUCAACAACAACGCUGGCAUUCCAACAUUCAAGCUUCUAUGAACGCGGGGUAAAUUUGCCUCCGUCAAGCUUCCCUUCUCCAAUGCUCAAUUAUUAUUUUCCAUUCUAAUUCUCAAUCCUUUCUAUUAGUAGCAUCGAGACCAUAAAGUAUUGUUCUACUUCUAGCAUCGUCGAAAAUGGCUGCCCAAGGCUAUGUCCAGACUUCCCUUAUCUGGGUGACUUACGCCGUUGCAAUUUUAUUGGCCUUAAUUGCUGCUAGCAUCACCACUUUUAUAUGGCAGACCCCACGCGACCGAUCUGCGAUCGUUACCAUCGUCGCCAUUGUCAGCUUUACCUCCCUCUUCGCGACUGUCUUCCUCCUCCCUGUCGACAUCGCCCUCGUCUCCUCGACUACGUCCACGGCCCUCGGCGCUAAGAAGGACUGGGCUACCCCCGAACGCGUCAACAACAUCCUCCUUACACUCAAGAUCGUUUAUUAUUCCCUCUACAGCUUCGAUGCCCUGCUCUGCCUGCUGAUCAUUCCUUUCUCUUACUUCUGGUAUGAGGAAUAUGACGAAGUCGAGGAGCAGGAAGGCAACCAGACAUUCGGCUCGCGUCUCUGGGGAGCUUUCAAAUAUACCAUUGCUUUCAUACUCUUGAUCGUCAUCAUAUUCCUCGUCGGUUUCUUCGUUCCUGCUGCCGGCGCCCACGGCGAUGGCAAACACCUCGAUCUCGACUUCUUCAAGAAGCUCCUCGACGAGAACCAUGGAGAGAAAGCGCUGACGUUCGGUGUCGGUCUACUGGUUACGCUGGGAACCCUACUAUAUGUUCUCUACACCGGUGCUGGUCUCGCACUUUUCCCCGUCUCCUUCAUCAAGUCCGCACCCUCCGUUUCCGCGCCGCAGCUCUCCGAAAACACUGCAUCCCAGCUCGAGCAGAAUAGGGAGCGCCAGAGACAGUUAGAAUUGCGCAGUGCUGGUCGAUCAGAUGGAAUGCCAACCAAGGACAGGCGUGAACUAGAGGCCCUUGUUCGCGAAGAACGGACUCUGGUGCGUCGCGAAAGGCUUGCUGCCGAGGCGCAGGGCGAAGGCAAGGGUUUCAUCGUCAGGGCAUGGUCAAAGAUCUGCGCAGUUUUCAGACCGCUGAAGCUCAUCGGAGGAGUCCUACUUAUCGUGCUCGCACUACUGAUCUGGGUCUCCAUGCUAAUCACAGGCAUCGACAAGGCCGCCAACUCGGUCUGCAAGGAACACUGCGGAUACAUCCUAGCGCAUAUCAACGUAUUCCAGCCCGUCAACUGGCUUUUCGUACAAACGGCCCGUGCAUUCCCCGUGGACUACGUGCUCAUGGCGCUCCUAAUCCUACUAUUCUUCAGCAGCUCCGUGUCGGGCCUAGCCGCUAUCGGUAUCCGGUUCUUAUGGCUACGCAUCUUCCGGAUUAGCAAGGGUCGCACGGCGCCGCAGGCUCUACUCAUCGCGACAGUCAUGCUGGCACUUAUCAUGCUAGGUAUCAACUACGCUAUAGCUAUGAUGGUAGCACCGCAGUACGCGAGCUACGGCACCCAGACAUUCUGCGAUCUACCGCCGAAACACCCUCUCGGACGGCCCGACUGCACCGACGCCCCCGAAGCUGUUAAGCCGUGCUCGGAGUGGGCGGGCAGCGCGUCGCGCGGGCGGUGGUCGGUGGAGCCGCAAUCUGUGUGCACGCCAACUGUUAUGUCAACGUUCCUUAACCGCAUCACGCUUAACUGGCCCGUGUUCGGUGCUAUCGCCUUCUGGGCGCAGUUUGCCUUCCUCGGCGUCUUCCUGCUCGUGUUCCUGACAAGCCUAUUCCGCGCCCCAAGGCUCAACCUCAGCGAGAUCGACGAGGAAGCCGAGGCUGAUGAGGAAGAAGGUCUGCUGGCGAGUACCGGGCGCCGUUUCGGUGCUACCUGGCAAGAUAUUACCGGCCGGCCGAAGCGCGGGAACGGAGCAGGUGGAAAUGGUUCUGGUUACGGCUCUGGAGCGUAGCUUACCUUAGGUACCUAGUUACUCUAAGUCGUUUAGCUAUGGAUGGCUUACGGUGUGAUAAUGGAUAUGUUGUCUAUCUAUAUCAUGCCGAGUGGGAAGACUUGUUUAAACAGUUUGAUUUUAAAAUAGUAGCCGGUCUUCCCUUCACCGCGUUCUAGGUAUGCAAUGGAAUGAAUGGGUUCAUACAUGAAGGACAUUACAUCUAUCUAGCUUUAUUGUGAGGUUGUCAAAAUACAAGGGAUACGUGUGUACGGAGUACGGGUAUUAGCUUGCGGGCAAACGAGCAAAAUGGACUGGACUGGACUGGACUUGACUUGACGGCGUUGUGAUACUUGUGAUACUGAGGUUCUGCUACUACUACUACAAAUUGGGGCGUGGUGCGGAUAGGUUAGGUAGGGAAUGUUAGAAAUAGGGAAUAUGAUAUUUCUUCCUACUGAUAUACGUGUAGCAUACGGUAUUUAUGCAUGUACAAACCAUUGUGAA